AUGGCCGAGGGCCGAGGAGGUAAAGGCAGAAAAUGCAAAGGCCGAGAUGCCUCGAGGGGUCGGCGGAUAGCCUGUGUAGAAGAAGAAUUACGCGCCAUUCAGGCGAACCCAGCUAUGGAGGAGCUCUUCAGCUUUUACCUUGGUGGUGGGGGUGCAACUGAGAAGUUGCUUGAGUCGUACUUGGGGAAUGGCGGCGAGAUCCAAAAGCUCUUUGAAAGCUACCUCGGGACCAAUGACAACUCGGGAGUGUUGCUCGAAACGAACUAUGCCGAGGUCAUUGCAGGUCUGCACCAAAGUUUCUUGGAAAUGCAAGGCCUGGCGCAAACCUCGGCGGCUCUAAGUCCCACAGCAGCCGCCGCCACGAGGAGGAGCCUCGAGGCCUUCAUCUCACGACGAUCCAUCAACGGCGGAAACCACUCUCGUCGCAACAGCAGCCACCUCAAGGCCGGUCUCGACAACCUUGUCGGCGAGGUCAGCCUACUCCACACGCACAUGAGCCGCAGCCAUUCGCUGCAGCUCUCCAACUCUGAGGUUGUAGCCCAAAAAGCUGCCGAAUACGCCCGAGAGAUGAACCGGGUAUGGAAGUCCAAGGCCCACAUCUUAGGCCUACAUCGCCAUGCAACCGCCAGGAGCAAGCGCCGUCAGACCUGGAUCCGAGAACACGCCAUGAAGGCCAAGCGAUCUCUGAUGGCCUCGGAUUUCCGGGAGGAGGCGCAGCGGACGGCAAUCGUCGGCCUCGACAAGACCUGGUGGGAGAUCCGGGCGCAACUGGACAAGUACUUUGAGGCCAUGGACAAGCACUCCACAACGUACAAGGCAGUUUUGGUUGCGUUGGACGACUACACUUCAAGGUGUUCCAUCGCCUUCCCAGAACUAAAGCACGCCUACAUGAACUUUGUCCAAGUCAACAAUGAGGCUGAAUCGGUGCUGAAGGCAUCCUGGACGGCUGUGAAUCCUUUGGUUGGGUUCCUGGCCUCGCAGGUCGUGGAUGGUCAGUUGCUUCAGAUGUCCACGCUGCACGACAUUCAAGCGUUGAGCUCCAACGCCAGCGCUUUGUUUCAGAACUCCAGCAAGAAAUGGUCUGAGCUCUGCGCACAGCCUGAGAAGGCCAAGAAGUUGGCCCUCGAGGCCGUGCACAAUGCCUUGGACGAUGGCCUUUUUGGGGAGAUGGUUCACCAGCUGGACACAGUCUUCUUGGAGCUACGGAUGAUGGAGCAGCGCUUCCAGGAGGCGAGGCUGGACACGCCCUCAAACCAAGAUGUUCUCUCGGACGCCAAGCUACGGCUCGAAGAGGCCGUCCAGGAGGAACUUGACGGCAUGCCCAUGGAGAGCGAGUUCCUAUGGCAGCAGUGGCACAAGCAAGCCUGCGAAGUUUGA